AUGCCCGAACCAACGCCCACACCCCCGGUAAUCGCAAUCCUAGACACAGACACCACAGUCCCCUCCAUCCAACACUCCCACGGCAAAUACUACAGCGCCGCCUACAUCCACCACCUCACAGCCGCCGCGACCGCCGCCUCCCUCCCCGUCCCGACCUUCACGACCCACAACGUCCUCGAGGACGCCUACCCAGACCCGGCCGCCGUCUCCGCCAUCCUCAUCACCGGCUCCAUCGCCGCCGCCUACGACACCCACCCCUGGGUCCUCCGCCUCGCCGCCUUCAUCGCCGACGUCUACGCCAACCACCCGCGCGUCCGCAUCUUUGGCACCUGCUUCGGCCACCAGCUCAUCGGCCAGGUCCUCCUCGGCCCGCACGGCGCCGUCGUCGAGAAAGACCCCGCCGGCUACGAGUUCGGCGUCCAGACCAUCGCCCUCCACCCGCGCCUGGUCGCCGAGUACCCCUGCCUGCGCGGCCUCGCCCAGGUCAACGACGGGCAGCAAAAGGACGUCCACGGGCUGAGGCUGCAGAUGUGCCACGGCGACCACGUCGCCCUCCCCGCGACGCUGCCGGGCUCGUGGCUCAACAUCGGCGGCAGCGCGCAGUGCGCCGUCCAGGGCCUGUACGAGCCCUCGCGCGUGCUCACCAUCCAGCCGCACUUUGAGGGCGACCAGGUCAUGAUGGAGGAGACGAUCAAGCACUUCUACACGCCGGAGAAGGGCUUCUCGCCAGAGUUUCUGGAGAAGGCGUUCGAGGGCACGAGGAGGCAGGACGACGCGGGCGUUGCCGCGGAGUGGGUUUUGAGGUUCUUGUUGGGCAUUUCAUAG